AUGGAGGAAUUGGCAGAGAGGAUCAUAUAUUCAGAUCGAUAUUCAGAUGAUAGGUUCGAAUAUCGACAUGUGAUACUUCCAAAAGCCAUGUUGAAGUACAUCCCAAAAAGUUAUUUCUCACCGGAUGAUUCGGGAUUAUUGAGAAUACUCGAAGAGAAUGAAUGGAGAGGGAUAGGGAUCACGCAGUCUUUAGGAUGGGAACACUUCGAAGUGCAUGCACCCGAACCACAUAUCUUACUGUUCCGACGACCACUCCCCGCUAAGCGAUAA